AAGAGUUGCCAUACUGAAGAUUCUUAAUGCCAGAUAAUCAACCUACUGCCGAAUAACCAUGAGAGAGACGAGGUAGCUGCCCAAGUGUGAGAUAAAAACUGAUUUCAAUGGAUACAAAAUAUAAAGACGAUUUAUUUAGGAAGUAUGUACAGUUCCAUGAAUGCAAACUGAAUGCCUCUGACAACAAGCAGCGUCCUAUUAAUGAUGAGUAUUUGCGAGUGGCAGCGCAGCCUUACUUUUGCCUUCCCAAAAUUGAUCCCUUUUAUAGAUUCCGGCUGAUAAAAUUUUAUGAGAUGGCUGAAAACUCACUGAGAUCUGUGAAAUCCUCAAGUUUACAUUCUCUCCAUAAUGCAUUCAGCAUGCUCGAGACAGUUGGGAUUAAUCUCUUUCUUUACCCCUAAAAGGAGUUCAAAAAUAUUAAGACCUACACUGGACCCUUUGUUUAUUAUGUAAAGUCUGCUCUAACUGAAGAUGAUGUAAGGCAGAUUUUGAACUACAUGGGCUAUGUCCAAGAACUGGGAACAAUGUAUAAGCUCAAAGAGCAGGUUGAUGCCAUUCAAGUGAAAAUGGUUUCAUUUGAACUCUUUUUGGCCAAAGUGGAAUGUGAGCAGCUUCUUGAAAUUCACUUGCAAGUGAAGGAUAAAGGUUAUUCAGAGAUUGAUGUCAUAAAUGAACGAAAAAAUAGCAAUGAAGAUGUUAGAGGCUGCUCAGAAGCCAUGAAACGGCGUGUAGAGUGCAAAGAAAACUUAAACACUUCCAUGGCACGAAUGGUACUCCAGAAAUCAGCGAGUGAACGGGCCUCUAAAGAUUAUUUCAAGCCAAAGGUGAGCAAGCCUUCUAAAUCAGUGGACACAUAUGAUAAUUAUUGGGAAAGUAAGAAACCACCUUUGAUGAGCUCACUGAGUCUCAGGAAAGAACCAAUUUUAGUUGAUGCAGAAGAUGACAUCAAAGAUGAAAUUAUCCGUCCAUCACCCUCUCUUCUGACAAUGUCAAGCUCCCCACACGGGUGUUCAGAUGAAUUCUUGCCAACUUCAUCUCAUCACAAUGGCAUGCUAAGAACAAAUGUCCCUUACAGCUCCUAUUUUUCUGCUCAAGAGGACUUAGAUUUAUAUACUGAUCCCGAUUCUAGAAGUAUGUUAAAUUUUAAAAGACAAGAAGCUAUUAAGCCUGAUGUAUGGCUGUUAAAAAAUGAUGCCAAUCCCGUUUACCACAAACACCCACUUAGCCAAGAGACAGCUUCCCUCAAGUGCCAAAACUGUGGCGUACCUUGUGGCACUUCUGUUUGCCAAAAGUGUGACAAUCUGUUCAACUCUAGGCAGGAAUACCCAGCAGUGAAACAGAGCACCUAUUCAAUCAAACCACUUCCAAAUGAUGGCUUGUCUCCUGCGUCUGCGUUAAGGGAGAAAUCUCAGUACACAUCACAGACUCAGAGUCAAGAGAGAGCUGCUCAAUUCAGUUCAAAAUCCAAACCUUCAGGCACCUCGCGCUGCGGCUUUUGUAACCGAUCUGGAGCUGCAAACACUUGCACGUUUUGCUCAAAAGUCUCAUGUGACACUUGCCUCAAUGCUUACUAUUAUGAUCCCUGCUGUAGAAAAAGCGAGCUUCACAGAUUCAUGCCUAACAAUCAGUUAAACUAUAAAUCAUCCCAGCUGUCCCAUGUAGUUUACAGAUAGACUUGAUUAGUCUGUUUUGGAGGGGAAGGAAAGGGGGAGGGGAAAGGGCUAUCCUAACUAAUGUUCUGACUCCAUUGAUAAGAAAAUACACUGACCUCUUACCAAAAUGACAUGUCCAAAUAUUUGGAAACCAUGGUUCAGUGAUCAGGUGCCAGUUCUUGAUUUUUGUGGCUUCACAGAUGCUGCAGAUACAUUAGAUUUCAUGCUGCUAUAAUUUAGGUAACUCCUAAAUGAUCAUUACUUUUCAAUUUAAA